AUGAAGGCAAUGAAGGCAAUGAAGGCCAUGAAGGCCAUGAAGGCGAUGAAGGCGAUGAAGAGCAUGAAGUCGAUGAAGGCAGUCCGCGCAGCGCCGAAGGGCGAGAUCGCCGAGCAGGCGGCCGAGAGCGCUGGCUUGAAGAAGAGCGAAGUGAUGAAAGUGCUGGACGCUUUGGCUGAGAUCGGUGCGAAGGAGUUGAAGAAGGCCGGGAAGUUCACUCUUCCCGGGCUGGUCAUGAUCAAAACCCGCAAGAAGGCAGCCACCAAGGCCGGCAAGAGGAUGAUGUUCGGCAAGGAGGUGAAGGUCAAAGCCAAGCCUGCGAAGACCGUUGUGAAGGCCUUCCCGGUCAAAGCCAUCAAGGACGAGUUCUGA